GGCAGCGAAAAAUUGAAUCUUUCUUCACAUGGAACUCUCCGCCUGCACGCUCCCCUCCCCACCCCACCCUUCCCACCUUCCCAUGGCGGCGCCGGCGACCGCGGCCACCAACCUCCGCCCCUCAUUCCUCCUCCUCUCUUCCCCUCCUCGAUAUCACCCUCCUCUCCGCCUCCGCCUCCUCCUGCCCUCCCCGCAGCCCCUCCGCCUCCGCCGCCGCUUCCCGCUCCUCGCGGCCGCCGGCGGCAGGGGCGGGGAGGAAGCCGCCAGGAAGGCCGACAAGUCCCGGCAGCUGCAGAAGCGGGUGCUGGUGGGCGUCGCCAUCGGGGUGGGCGCGGGCGGCGUCGUGGUCGCCGGCGGCUGGGUGUUCGCCGCUGCCGUGGCCGCCGCCGUCCUCGCCGCCGCCCGCGAGUACUUCGAGCUUGUCCGUGGCACUGCUGGCGGCGGUGGGACCCCGCCGCCGCGCUACUUGUCCCGCGUCUGCUCCGCCAUCUGCGCUCUCAUGCCCAUCCUUACGCUGUACUAUGGACGCAUGGAUGUUACUGUGACGUUUUCUGCAUUUGUUAUUGCAAUAUCUUUGCUUUUGCAAAGAGGAAACCCUCAUUUUGCCCAGCUAACUAGUUCGGUUUUUGGAUUAUUUUACUGCGGCUAUCUUCCUUCUUUCUGGGUUAAGCUUCGUUCUGGACUAGCUGCCCCUGCCUUAAAUACAAGAAUAGCGUACAGUUGGCCAGUACUUCUGGGUGGACAAGCUCACUGGACAGUUGGACUUGUAGCAACCUUGAUAUCUAUUAGUAGCAUCAUCGCUGCUGACACAUCUGCUUUCCUUUGCGGAAGGGCAUUUGGUCGUACCCCUUUGACUAACAUAAGCCCUAAGAAGACCUUGGAGGGUGCUUUGGCUGGUUUAGCUGGCUGUGUACUGACCACUGUGCUGUUGUCGACUGUCUUACGCUGGCCAAGAUCGCUGUUGAGUGCUACAGCUUAUGGAAUCCUGAUCUUUCUGGGUUCAUUAUUCGGGGAUCUUGUUGAAUCUCUGAUUAAGCGCGAUGCUGGUGUGAAGGACUCUGGAUCGCUCAUUCCUGGUCAUGGUGGAAUUCUUGAUCGAGUUGACAGCUACGUUUUCACAGGGGCACUUUGUUACUCAUUUGUCAGAGUAGCUCUACCCUUGUAUGGGGUCUGAUUAUGGCCAUCUGUUGUCUAUGUGCCUUUCUUCCACCAACAGCAAUGUGGUAGCCAAAUUUAACAUCAUGAUGAGUGUUGCUGAGAUGCUCUAGACCGAUUUCCAUCACUGGACAAUGUGGUCCUCCUGCCCAAGGGAGAGGUGAGAUAGAACCAGAGAAUGCGGCUGCUAACUCAGACAGUUUCUUUGUUGGGAUUGAGCUGUUUGAAGCGAGAUAGAACCAGUUUGGUGCAAACUCGUCACUUUGGGUGUACAUAGUUCAUUUUUAUAGAGUAAAAAGGAAAAUGCUAAUUAUUCAUUCCAAAAGUUGUUAGUGCA